AUGCAGCUGAGAGGGCAACAGCAGGGAACCCGAGCCAGUGAACUUCUCAGACCAUGGUAUCUCCAUUGCCCUCAUUACCUCUUUCUUUCUUUGCCCAAGAUGUUCAUCAUGUUCAUCAUUACUCAGCUCAUCCCCUUCAUGGAGGCACUGAAGUGUAUGGCCGGGGAGUCUGAGGUGGAUGGGCAGUGCUGCCCCACCUGCCCACCAGGUUUCAGGGUCCAUGAGCCGUGCCGUACAGUGAGAGGCAUCACGUGUGUGCCUUGUGAACCCGGGACAUACACAGCACAGCAGAGUGUCCUGAAGAAGUGUCUCCAGUGUAAAGUCUGUGACCCUGCACUUGGCUUUCUGACCAGAAAGGAAUGUUCAUCUACAUCCAAUACUGUGUGUAGCUGUUCUCCAGGCUAUUUCUGUGCCAGCAUGAAAGAUGAUGACUGUGAGAUGUGUAUUGCUCACAGAGACUGCAGCCUUGGCCAAUAUGUAAAGUCUAGAGGCACACAGAGAAAAAACACCAUCUGUGAAAGAUGCCCAGCAGGGACAUUUUCGCCCAGUAGGCCCCUUCACUACUGUCUGUCAUGGACGAACUGUCGUGCCCAGGGUUUAUCUGAAGAAAAACCAGGCACCGACACCACUGAUGCAUUGUGCUCACUGCAUAGUAAUUUUCAACCCAGAAUUAUCAUCAUUCUCAACAUGGUCAUCAUUUCUGUACUGGAAUUUGUAUAA